AUGUUGGUGUUUACGUUCUCUCCGCCCACGUGAUGGUGAGACGCUGUCGCACAGAAGUGAUCUCACUGUGUGGUUGCGCUGGGGACGUGGAGCUGGUAGAGCAGGAGCUGGUGUAAACGCAGUCAGAUUUCUGUGUUCCCUGAGGCUUUACCCAGCGCAGCUCCAGCACACGAUGAGUCAGCGUUCUGAACGCAGAGGGAUCCAUGUGGACCAAUCGGAGCUGCUGUGUAAGAAAGGCUGCGGUUACUAUGGCAACGCAGCAUGGCAGGGCUUGUGCUCCAAGUGCUGGCGGGAGGAGUACCAGCGAGCGCGCCAGAGACAGAUCCAGGAGGACUGGGCCCUGGCAGAGAAGCUGCAGAGGGAGGAGGAUGCUGCCGCCUACGCCAGCAGCCACGGCUCCCAGGCCACGCCUCGGUCCCAGACCUCCCAGACUCCACCCUCUCUCGCACCAUUCUCCAAGUUUGAAGAGAAGAAGACCAACGAGAAGACUCGCAAGGUUACCACGGUGAAGAAGUUCUUCAGUCCUUCCUCUCGUGCAGCGCCCAAGAAAGUGUUCUCUGAGGGAGAGAGAAUUCAGGAGAAGUCGCAGGGCAGGAGGGAGAGCCACGGGGAGGCGCUCCUGCGGGACCUGAGGGGCAUUUUUACGCAGCCCUGGGAGAUCGGCUCCCCCGCAGAAGACAGUCACGAGGCGAAGUCGCACAGUCCAUCAUUUCCGCGGCAGCUCAGCGUGGACUCGGAACGUGUGUCGAGGGAAUUUGUGGAGUUCCUAAAGAACCUGCAGAAGCCAGGACGUGAAAUCCAUAAACAGAGUCGUUUGUUCAUAGAGAGCAUGGCCAUGAAGAAGGACCUCGGUGCGGAUGAGCUCUCUGAGUGUGUGCAGGAUUUCUACCAGAACAUGUCUGACCGCCUCAUGUCCCAUUUUAAAGGCUCUUCCGAGAAGGUGGAGCGGGUGAUGGAUCAGGUGGAGAAGUACAUUAUGACUCGCCUCUAUAAGAGUGUCUUCUGUCCUGAGACAACAGACGAUGAGAAGAAAGACCUGGCUACGCAGCACAGGAUCCGGGCGUUACACUGGGUAACCAUUCAGAUGCUGUGUGUUCCCAUGGAUGAAGAGAACCCAGAAGUGGCUGACAGUGUCGUGAAGGCCAUCACAGACGUCAUCGAGAUGGACUCCAGACGUGUGCCCAGGGACAAGCUGGCCUGCAUCACCAGCUGCAGUAAGCACAUCUUCAACGCCAUCAGGGUGACGAAGGGGGAGCCGGCGUCUGCCGACGACUUCCUCCCCGCCCUCAUCUAUAUCGUGCUGAAGGCCAACCCCCCGCGGCUCCACUCCAACAUCCAGUACAUCACGCGCUUCUGCACCCCGAGUCGCCUGAUGGCCGGGGAGGACGGCUACUACUUCACCAACCUGUGCUGCGCAGUGGCGUUCAUUGAGAAGCUGGACGCCCAGUCUCUGAACCUGAGUCCCGAGGACUUUGAGCGCCACAUGUGUGGCCAGGUGUCCCCACGUGGGCCGGGGGAGGCGGCGCCCUGGCCCCACGCCGGCCCCGCCCUCUCCCAGCUCCGCCGCAACCUGGAGCUGCUCUCGUCCCUGGAGACGCGGCAGCAGCAGGUGAUGGACGGGGCGCACAGCCUGCAAGCCGAGCUCAGCUCCUGGCAGGAGAGCGUGGGUCGCGAGGUGCAGGAGAUCCUGGAGAAAUACCCGCUGGAGAUCAAACCACACGCUUCCGCCAUCGACGCCGACAACGCGGACAGCGACCUGCUGCCUCCGCCCCUCCAGCCCCAGGUCUUUGCGGGGUAGUGCUCUGGGUGGAGCGAUGCCUUUGCUGGGGUCUCUAGGAUGGGUGGUGCUGCGUGCAUCUGUCUCCUGUACUCAGCAAGGUUCCAAAGUCACUGUCUUAACAAGCAGGGUACACCGUGGACGUGGCAUCUCUGGUCUGGCAUUUGCCAGGGGACCUUUUCGCUUACUGUGUUUCUCUCAAGCUUCUGCUUUUCUGUUUUUACAUACCAUAAACUCACAUUUCCCUGCCGUUACGUCUGCUGCCCCUUAAACUCGAGUUUGACGUUUCUGAUUAACUGUUCUGUGUUCUUUCCCUGGACCUGGAGGUUCCCUCUAGCAUCUACAGGUUAAAGGACUCAGACAUGGGUACAACAAACUGUUGACUUGCAUAACAGUAAAUGUGCUUUGCUGGUUCUGUUUACACACGGAUCUCAUACUGAAGAAGUGUAGAAAUCUGACUCCUCUCAGCUCUGCUUAGACUACUUUUUAAGGGGUUUAUGAACCCUUUAUGAAUGCUUGAAAUGAUAUGGGGAAAUAUUGAUUCAACAAUAUUAUAUUGUACAAAUUUGGUACCAUUUUUUGAAAAUAAUAAAUCUUAAAUUAUAUUUUACUGUUAACAUUAAUGUACUGUACAGUGGUAUAGAGUCAAAGUCAAAACAUAAGCCAACACUAGUUAUUAAUAUUGAACUGUUUAUUCAGUUUGGCCUGUGCUGUUACAUUUAACUACACAAUGCAGAUAACUAUGAAAUAUAAACACUCCCCUUUUAUAUGAAGUGAGAGAUUAAUCUUGUCAUUUAAAAAAUGAUGCACCUUUGUAUGUACUAGCUGUGAUUGUUUUGGUUCUUUUUUUAAAUGUAUGGUUGUACCAAGUCUUUUAGUGGUUCAGUUCUAAUACCUGUGUCAGGAAUAGCUAAAAAUCUCACCUCUGUUGUUAAUGCAGGAGGUGAGAGGUGAACUAAUGAAGUUAGUGGGUUUUUGUUGGUUUUUUUGCUACCAACAUUUAAUGGGAGUGCUCUGAGAAUGUGCACAGUGUUCAUUUUAUAUGUGACCUCUUGGCCAUUUCUAAAACCUUCUGUAGCACCAACUACCACAGACAUUUCUAUCUGAGGCUUUAUCUUGGGGGAUAAUUGGAUCAGAUUUGUGGUGUUUUGCUUUGUUUAAUCUUGUGGUGUUUUACUGGUAAUUGUAAAUUUUUGGUUUUCCCACGCCUCACAGCAACAUAUGGUACACAAACACUAUAACCGUGUGGAGUAAUUUUGGCUGUCAUGUUGCAAAAUAAAUCAUUUGUUAACAGGUGUAACACAUUUUAAAAUAAAUUACACAUGACUGGAGUUGCAUUA